AUGGGGUCUGAGCCCACGGAGGACGGGCGUCCUGGGCGACCUCAGAGAAGAGCAGAGGGCGGCCAUCACCUCCUGCCCGCGGGGUGUGCUCCCCGGCGCGUGUGCCUGCGUGGCCAAACCCCUGAGCGGAGGCAGGAGGAGGAUGGCGGCCACCGGGGCCCGCUCCCUCCCCGCCUCCCUCUGGGGAGCCCAGCCCUACAGCAGACGCUGGAAGGGAAGCGGGCCCCAUGGCUGCAGCCGCCCUGGACCACGGCCGCCAAGCCGGGGCCACCGCCGAGGGCUCUCCGCAUCGCACCCCUGCCGCUCCCGGCCCACAGCCCUGAGCACGCAAACCUCCGCAGCUCCACCGGCCACUUACUCCCCCUAGUGGCCGCCGAGCCUCAGCCGGCUGGGGCGGACCCGCCGGCCUCAGGGCCUCUGACGGUCACCUACCUCCCCCUCCGAGAGGUCCUUCCAGCCUCCUCGCCCGGCCUCCCCGGCCCUCGUGCCCAUCAGGGGCACCAGGGCCAGGCUCCCCCUGCACGCAGACCUGGCCCGUGGGCAGCCCGAGCGCGGCUGGCCCCCGGAGUCCAGCCUGGAGCAGCCAGCUUGGAGCUGACCGUGAGGGCUGGCACAGACGCCAGCUGGGAGUGCAGGGUGUCCACCAGCCUCGCAGCCCUGGUGUGUCCUCAUGGCCAGGCACCUGACCGUCCUCCCUGGCCACCUCGUGCCCAGCGGAGCCGCCAGCCUGACCCGAGUGCUGCACAACCCGGGUGCCUGGCCUCGCCCAGCCGGCGUGCGGUCCCGGUGCCUGCUCCAGCGGCCCUGGCCACGUGCCUGCAUCCACGGAGGGCCCAGGGCUCCCGGCACUCCCACUCGGACAGGGCCUGGUGCAAGAGCCCAGGCACGAGGGGCCCCAGGCGGGACGUGGAAGCCGAGGUCGGGCCCUGUGCCUGCAGACUGCCCGGCUCCUGCCCCAGCCGGCCUGCAGCGCCGGCCCGGGCCCCACCCCUGGGCCCGUUUCCCCUGCUGGCCCCGCGGGGUGCCCUGGCCAGUCGUGUCCCUGGAAGGCCCCGCGACCCUGACCCGGAAGCCCCCCUCGGCGCCUGGGGCGGGGGUUGUGCCCCUGCUCCUCUCCUGGGGCCCCUCUCCAGCGGGAGCCGCAACCUGGGAUUAGGGGGCCGGGGUCAGGGGUCGACAGCGGCCGCCGGCUCAAUUCAGGCCGACAGCGGAUCCGUUCUCCCUGCCACCUCGAAUUUCCUGGACAAAGGCUGCUGUGGAGGGGCAGGGGGCGAGCAGGCCCGAAGGAGAACCCCACGGGGCACGGUCUGGGCGAGCCUUCCGGAGACCGCCCGGGGACGCCCUCACCCUAAGUGGGGACACCGAGGCCCAGAGGGCGGGGCCGUGAGCAAGUCCCAGGUGGGGCCCAGCCUGGGCCGGGGCCAGGAGGAGCCGGGGCCGCAGGGCAGGGAGCCAGGGCCCAGCGGCCGCAGGAAGCUUUCAGGCAAGCCCGGGCCUGGGAGGGCCUCGGUUUCCCGCCCCGCCGGGCCCCCGGCCAACGGCGCUGCCCACGAGGGCCCGUCCAUCGCUCUGGGCCUGGGGCCUCCGUUUCCGGAUCGAUGGGGCGGCCGGGUGGUGGGUGGGCUGCCCUGGAGCCCCCGGCCAGGAGGGGGACCCACCCCAGAGGCUUGCCCCAGCCGGGCCCGCCCCAAACCCUCCCUGGUUCCCCGCCCGCCCGCCGGCCCCCCAGGCCCAGAGCCUGCAGCGCCAACACUGCAGCCACCGUCUGCCCUGCACCUCAGCUGCACUGGUUCCGCCACCCGGCACCCCUCCUCCGGCUCGUCCACACGAGACCCCAACUGUGGGCUCUGCGGUGCCCGGUGGAGCUAG